UGUGACCGCUGUGGUGUCUCCGUCUCCUGUUGACUACCAAGGCCGUAGUUUAGGUUGACUAACUACCCAGUCCACAACCACCUAAUUAUCACUGACACCUGUUUUAGAAGAUUAUCGCCCUACUCCAAUGGUUGUUGCGAGUCGCUGAACUUCCUUUUGCUCAAUAUAUCCACCAAGUGCCCAAUUGACAUGCAAACAUGAAGCUUUUGAACUUUCUGGUCCCGUUCCUCGCCAUACUUCCUCAUGGCCUCUGUGCCAAUUCUGACACGGACAAGUACGAGAGAUAUCGCUCACUCGCGAGAUCUGCGCCCAUUGAUCUUGAUGACUCUUCCUACGAAGAUUUAACAUCGAAACCUCGUGAUUAUCAUGUUGCCGUUUUGUUGACUGCUACUGAAGCUCGUUUCGGAUGCAUUCUGUGUCGCGAGUUCCAACCCGAGUGGGACCUCAUCGCGCGCAGUUGGAACAAAGGCCCUACACCCAAUGACUUGAAAGUGCUUUAUGCUACCCUUGAAUUCACUAAUGGCAAGGAAACCUUCCAAAAACUGAUGCUCCAAACCGCACCGGUUCUCCUUGUGUUUCCUCCGACGGUCGGCCCUUUCUCCAAGGUUGACGAUGCACCCCUACGUUUUGACUUCAGCGGUCCUAUCUCUGCUGAUCAGCUUUAUACAUGGAUCUCCCGCCAUCUUCCUGAUGGUCCAAAACCUCCUCUUGUCCGCCCGAUCAACUACAUGCGCAUAGUAUCGGGCGUCACUAUCUUGAUGGGUGUAGUGACACUUUUCACAGUUCUUUCACCCUACGUGUAUCCUGUGGUGCAGAAUCGAAACCUCUGGGCCGCCAUGAGCCUUAUCGCAAUUCUCUUAUUCAUAAGUGGCCACAUGUUUAACCAUAUUCGCAAAGUACCAUAUGUCGCCGGGGAUGGAAAGGGUGGAAUCAGCUACUUUGCUGGAGGGUUCUCAAAUCAAUUUGGCAUGGAAACACAGAUUAUAGCUGCUAUUUACGCCGUCCUCUCCUUCGCAACAAUUGCCCUGGCAAUGAAAGUUCCCCGUAUCGCUGACAAUAAAACACAGCAGGUGGCAGUGAUCAUCUGGGGUUCUGUUCUGCUUGGUAUGUAUAGCUUUCUUCUCAGUGUUUUCAAGGUGAAAAAUGGCGGUUACCCUUUCUUCCUCCCGCCUUUCUAGCAUGAACACCGCGUCAUGAAUCAGCGCGUAAGUGUAUUUCUGUGGUGAAGGGGUUG